CCCGGGAGGGCGCGGCCAGGUGUUGCCCAGAUAGCCGCCCCCUCCCUUUCCCACUGCUCCGCUCCUCCACCUCCCGGGAUCCAGGCAGGAACCCGCGCGAUUCCUGAGUCGGACCCCGGGCGCCUACCUCGCCGGUGCGCGGAGAGUUGCUGAGAUCCCCGGGCCAUCGAACCCGAGGGCCUGGCGGUCUCAAGGACCACUCGACAACGGGACUUUGUCCCAGGAGCAUCUGGAACAUGCACCGGGAGCUGCAGUUUAUUUGACAGUUGCCAGAUUAUGUUUACGCUUCUGGUUCUACUCGGCCAACUGCCCAUAGCUACCGUCGCGUUUCCGCGUUACACAAGAAGUCCGAGGGAAUCUAGGCAUGCGGGAGAAGAAGUCUUUGCAUCAAAAGAAGAAGCAAACCUUUUCAUACAUAGACACCUCCUGUAUAACAGAUUUGAUCUGGAGCUCUUCACUCCCGGUGACCUAGAAAGAGAGUGCAUAGAAGAAUUCUGUAAUUAUGAGGAAGCCAGAGAGAUUUUUGUGGAUGAAGAUAAAACGAUGACAUUUUGGCAGGAAUAUUCCAUUAAAGGAACAAUCACAAAAUCAGAAGGAAACCGAGAGAAAAUCGAUGUUAUGGGCAUUCUGACUGGAUUAAUUGCUGCUGGAGUAUUCCUGGUUAUUUUUGGAUUACUUGGUUACUACCUUUGUAUCACCAAGUGUAACAGGCAACCACACCCAAAUUCUUCAGCUGCCUACAUAAGAAGGGACCGAUACGCUCCCUCCAUCAUUUUCAGAAGUCCUGAAGAAGCUUUCUUGUCUCCAUCGCCUCCUCCAGCAGAGGACCCGGGACUCCCUACCUAUGAACAGGCAGUGGCACUGACCAGAAAACACAGCGCUUCGCCUCCACCCCCAUAUCCUGGGCCAGCAAAAGGAUUCAGGGUAUUUAAAAAGUCGAUGUCACUCCCAUCACAUUAACUCAGCUUGCUGUCUUAGUGGUAUAAGGAAACUCAUGUGAUUUGCAUACUUCAUUUUCCUGGGACCAAAAAAGGACAAGUCACUUCAUCCUUUUAUGACAUUGUGCAAGGAGUCAAGGAGGAAUAAGCAUGUGUACUGCACCAUGGAAGUUCUCUUGGGAUCUUGGACCUGAAUUGUAUCAUUUUCAUUUUCUUGAAGUGAAGAAAAGAACAAUUUUUAAUUUAUUUUAAUGGUUACAAUAAUCUGUUUCAUGGAUGGCAUAGCAAGCAGUGGUAAACUAUACUUUGUUCAGGUAAAGGCUGUAGAUUUCUUAUGCUGAAAUUAAAAACUGAAGAAUUUCUAAUCAUGAAGUCACCCUAAGUUAUAAUAUUGGAUCCUCUCUUUAUUAGGAUUUCUUUUUAUUUGAAAGCACUUCUUAGAAUUUCACAUUUCAGUAUACAUUGGUAGAUUUGAUACAUUCAGUUCCUUUUAUAUUUUAAAUAAUCAAUGCAUAGCAUUUACCAUAUUUUGCAGGUUUUAGUUGUUAAUUCUUGUCAUCAGUCAUUUUUCAUUAUGAAAGUGAGGUCAGUAUUGUUCUUUUAUAAGAAAAUAGCACUUGUUAUAGGGUUAAUUCUUCAAAGAGUACAGGUUGCAAUGGCAAGAAUUGUUAUACUAACAAAUAAAUGGGUCUCAAACCUAGAAAUGACUAAAACUUGAUACAAUUACCCUGUUACUGACAAGUAAUGGCCAUUGCUAUAUCAUAUAUAUAAUACAUGUAGUUAUUUAUCUUGAAAACCUGUUGAACUUUAUAAUUAAUAAUUUGAAAACCUAGAAAAGUCUUAUUUUUCUGCUAUGAAAGUAACACUGAUUAAAGUUACCACCGUAUCCCAACAUCUGAACACAAAAGAAAAACACCAUAAGUAAUCUUUUUAAUCUAUACUUUGUCUCUUCUUCCAACCCUAUAUACCACUACUUUUUCCUUAAGAAAGUCUUAAACUUCUGCUAUAAACCUUUGGAAUGAAUGUAUGUGUACACAAAUGUUUAUGAGUGGGUAUGUAUAUAUAUGUGAACUUGUUUCCUUUUUGUAAGAGCUCAAGAAAUAACAUAUUCCUGAGUUAUAGAAAAUUCUGUUCAUUAUGUUUUGUCAGGUAUUGCAAUUUCCUAUUAUUUAAGACCAUUUAUAAAAUGGUGUUUUGUUUUAUAAUUUUUACAGAAGUUAGAUGAAAACCCACAUGCAU